GACUGCAGGUGUCAAUAGAAUUAUACGAACGAAAGAAGUUUGAUAGAUAAAUUACUGCGCAUGAUCUUAAUCAUGAUAACUCUCAUGCAAUUCCGAUGAAAUCAUCAUCAAAAAGGAGGAGAAAGCUUUUAAAAGAGCAACAAUAUCUACAACAAAAAUCUACUCUUGGCAAUGCCUAAGGAAUCUUUUCAACCACAAUUAGUUGCUUCUCACUCCUUUUACGGAUUAAAAGUUUCUUUUAUAAAUUUGCGGAUAUGGUUUCGUCAAUGAUUUAUUUAAAAUUAAGGAUAUGCUGCUUCAUUGGCCUAUGUCUAUCGAUCUAUGCGACUUAUGUGGAAGUGAAAGCAGAAAAUAUUAAAAACUAUAAGGCCUUGUGCGAUUUAAGUCAAAAAGUUAGCUGUACAGCGGUAUUCAACACACCUUAUGGAAAAAGCUUUGGUUUGCUCUCUUAUCUCUUUAAUGAUAUUCCAAAUCGCUGGAAUCCUCCAAAUGGUCUUUUAGGCACCGUGUACUACGUGAGCUUCAUUUUUUCAACUUUCUUCGAACAUAAGUCUCUCUUCAAAUUGCAAAUGACGCUAUGUAUUUGUUCAAAUCUGUUGACCAUAUAUUUGGCAUAUUUAUUGUAUUAUAUUUUACAGAAUUUUUGUGUGAUUUGUGUAUCGAUUUAUGUGAUAAAUUUUCUUUGUUUAUGCGAAAUGUUUAAAAUUUAUAAGAAAGUGUGGUUAGUUAAACAAAAUAAAAAAAUCAAAUAA